AUGAAGCCGUCGAGGGAGGAGAAGAAGAAAGACAUCCUCGCGGGCUCCGAUGACGAGUCCGACGGGGGCGGCGAGGAGGACCUCUCGAAGAUCCAGAUCAACGAGGAGUACGCCCGCCGCUUCGAGCACAACAAGCGGCGGGAGGCGCUGCAGCGGCUCGAGGAGCGCAAGAAGCAGGGCCUCGUCCCGGGAUCCGACGGCGAGGACAGCGACGGCGAGUCCUCCUCGUCGGAUGACGGCGAUGACGACGCCGCCGCCAUCGCGUCCCGCCGCCUCGACCGCCGCGUGUUCGAGGUCAUCCGCCGCAUCCGCAGCGGCGAUGCCGCCAUCCUCGACAAGCAGGCGAAGAUGUAUUCCUCCUCGUCGGAGAGUGAGGCCGAGGUGGAGGGGGAGAAGCCCAAGAAGAAGGAGCGCCCUCUGUACCUCAAGGACGUCAACGCACGCCACCUGCUCGAGGAGGGCCCCGAGUUCGCGGCGCAGGCUAGCCAUGGCAGCCGCAGCAGCAGCAAGUACGACAAGAUCGUCUACGACGAGCAGCAGAGGAAGGGGUUGGAGGCUUUCCUUGAGGCGGAGAAGGUGGCGUUAGGCAAUGGCGACGGUGGCGGCGAGGAUGAUGAUUUGUUCCAGACAAAGCCGAAGGGUGGAGAUGAUGGCGACAAAGAGGAUGAAGAGGAGAAGAAGAAGGCGGCACAAAUACUGGAUGAGAUUUUUGGCAACGACGAUGAGCUGGACGAGGACGACAAGUUCCUGAAGACAUUCUUCCUCAAUAGGCCAUAUCUUCAGUCUGGCAAUAACAAUAAAUUAUCUCCUGCUGAUAUCGAUAAUGUGUCGGAAGAUGAGGAAGAUCUCAUAGUGCAGGAGGAGUAUGAGAGCCAGUAUAACUUCCGGCACGAGGAGGCAGCAGCAUCGGGCGCGAUGGUAAUGGACCGGGUGAUGGGACAUUCCCGGUUUGUUGAGGGGUCUGUCAGGAAGAAGGAGAGCAGCAGGAAGCAGCAGCGCAAGAGCAAGGAGGAGCGGAUAGCACGGGCCAAGCAGGAGCAGGCAGAGGAGUUGAAGCAUUUGAAGAACUUGAAGAAGAAGGAGAUCGCGGAGAAGCUUGAGAGAAUCCGGAUGAUUGCUGGAAUUGAUAGCGAUGGAGCUUGUAAGCUUGGAGCUGAUGACUUGGAGGAGGACUUUGACCCUGAGGAGUAUGACAAGAAAAUGAAGGCGACGUUCAAUGACAGUUACUAUGAAGCUGAUGAUGUCGAUCCUGGCUUUGGAAGUGGUGAGGAAGAUGAUUUGGAAAAGCCAGAUUUUGACAAGGAAGAUGAACUGCUCGGUCUACCAAAGGACUGGGUUGUUGAUGUGUUGGAAGAAGGAUCAGCCGCCGUUGCCGCUGAGGGAGCUUCUCAAAAGAAGAAGGGUGGGAAGGAUAUUACAAAUGGCAAGGCGAUAAGUCAAAAAAUGAAAGGAAAAAUAUCUCUUAAGGACAAGGUGGAGCUUGAGAAGGAGAUGGAAGAAUAUUACAAGUUAGACUAUGAGGACACCAUUGGUGAUCUGAAGACUAGGUUCAAGUACAAACAAGUUAAGCCGAACACUUUUGGUCUUAGCACCUAUGAGAUAUUGGCGUCAGAUGACAAGGAUUUGAACCAGUAUGUAUCCAUGAAGAAGAUAGCUCCUUAUAGGGAGAAAGAAUGGAAGGGGACGACGACAAGGCCGCCCGCGCCCAGCUCCUCCGGCCUGCCGAUGUGGAAGCAGGCGUCGAUCUCCGACGCGCUGCUGACGAACGAGAUCCUUGUCAUGAGGAGGAUAGUGGAGAAUGUUGCACCACAUCCUAAUGUCAUCAGCCUCCAUGAUGUGUAUGAAGAUGUGCAUGGUGUGCACCUUGUUCUUGAGCUGUGCUCAGGUGGUGAGCUGUUUGAUAGGAUUGUGGGGCGCGACCGGUAUUCAGAGUUCGACGCAGCGUGCGUCAUUCGUCAGAUUGCCAAUGCCCACCGUUUCAUGCUGCAACCAAUCGAGAAAAGCAGCAGAGGAUCCUUCAAAUGUGCAGACGGAGAAAAUGCCACUCUGUCAGAGUUUGAGCAGGUCCUGAGAGCAAUGAAAAUGGACUCGCUGAUCCCCCUAGCUCCACGCGUAUUUGAUCUUUUCGACAACAACCGUGAUGGAACCGUUGACAUGAGAGAGAUCCUCUGUGGGUUCUCCAGCCUCAGGAAUUCUCGAGGUGACGAUGCUCUUCGCCUGUGCUUCCAGAUGUACGACACAGAUCGGUCAGGCUGCAUCAGCAAGGAAGAGCUGGCAUCGAUGCUCCGAGCGUUGCCGGAGGAUUGCCUGCCAGGCGACAUCACGGAGCCCGGGAAGCUGGACGAGGUGUUCGACCAGAUGGACGCCGACAGCGACGGCAAGGUGACCUUCGACGAGUUCAAGGCCGCCAUGCAGAAGGACAGCGCCCUGCAAGACGUCGUCCUCUCUUCCCUCCGCCCGGGAGCGCAGCAGUAGCAAACCUCAGAUCGAGAUCCACUCGGUUUGUUUCUUCAGGAAAUGCACGAGAGUGUCUUGUACACUGUACUGCUAUUUGACUGGCAUUCUUGCCUGAAUUUUUCCUCUCAUUCAGCUGCUGAAAGGGCAGAAAAAAAAAACUGUAGUUGCUCGGCUGCACCACAAAUGGUGCUAACAUAUUUGUCACUGCACCCACAUGUCAUAAACAACGGGUGAUAAAUAUAUUAUGUGCCAUUUGUAAAAGUGGCGAGAAGUAAAAUGCCCUGAGAUUGGCUAGCCGUUGCAUGGAAUUUGCUAGAUGGUGAAAAUUGCAUGGUAAUAGGAUGGCGCGGGCCACGGGUUACCCUAUG